AUGGCUCCUGUUGGCUCCAUGCUUGGAGUUGCUCUUCUGGGCGUGGCUGCAGCCGUACGCUCCACGCCACAGAUGGCCAGCAUGGUCACAGAAGGAGCCCAGAAGACCAGCGACCCCGAUUCGGCUGCUUCCAAGCUUGCCACCAUUUGGGAUUCGGUCGUGGCCGAUGAUAAUGAGCCAGGCCCACCGCCAUCGGCUCUAGCCCCGCUGAAGCUGAUGUCUGUUGUGAAGGAGAUUCCCAUCCUUGGGCAUCUGCUCAAGUACUUGGUUGAGGAUUUGACCACCACCUUCUCCUGGCGACAUGACGUAGGCCUACCUCCGGGCCACAUCAAAGCCAUCCACCCGAUCGGUUCCGUGGCUCAGGUUAAGUUGAGCUGGGACGAGGAUGCCAUGAAGGCGGCUGGCUACACGGGCCUCUUCAAGACUAAGCAGGAGAAUGCCCUGAUUCGUAUUGGGCCGGCAGGGGCUCCGAAGGCUGAUGGCAUGGCACCAGGCGCAGCCAUCAAAAUCUUCCGCGACAAUUUGGAGAGCGUGAACACGUUCAUGCUGUAUUCCCUCAGGGGCCAGAAGGGCUUCAGCCAAUUUGAGCACAUGCUCUGCAACAAGCUGUCCGACUUCAGGGACAAGGUCUUUGCUGAAAGGAAGCUGCUUGAUUCCUUCAAGAUGGCCUCAAAGUAUCCCUUUACCACCGGCCUGUCUCAGUGGGCUGAAGAGCCCGGUAUGCUUCCUGAAGACACGAAGUUCCCCUUCGUGAUUUGCCUUCGGCCCAUUGACUCCAUCCGCAGCAAAUUCGAGGAGUUCAAGACCAAGAAGUUUGAGCACAUCCAGGAACAGCUCGGUCUUCUGAACGCCAGGACCAACCUCUAUGACAUCUACGGUGCUGCCGAGCCGAAGGCCAAUCUCACCAAGAUCGGCGUUGUCACAAUGCGCACCAAAUUCCGUAAAACCAAAUUUGGUGACACCCAGCUCUUCUUCCGACAUGACAAGUUCGAGAAUGACCUGAUGGUUCGACCGGACUGGAAAGACAUUGUGGACGAUGAGGAGUUCUGGUUCGAGGAGGGUGCGGCCAACCGCUACAGUGAUGUGGACCCCGGGCAGAAGGAAAGUCUCGAGCAAAAUGCCUGGAUCGGAGGUUACAAUCCGGGCAGUGUGAACGAGAUGGUCGAUGACGCCAAGAACGGAAAGGAGUCCUUGCUCCAGACAGGCCAGCGCCCUCGUUGUCCUUUUGCCUACCUCCACCAGGGUGACAGCAGCAUCGUCCACUCGCUGCUUUCAAAGUGA